ACUGCGAUCUCUAUCCAUUUUUUUUUUCAUUUCGUCGUUUCUUCUUCCUAAUCACAGAAAAAUGGGUCGCCGUAGCUCAGGAGGAAGAUCUGCACCUCGUCCUCGCCCUCGCCCUGCUGCUGCACGUGCCCCCGCUCCUCAACAUGUAAACCGUGCACCUCCUCCAGCACCAGCUCAGGCGACCAGUGGUGGUGGCGGCAUGUUCUCAGGCAUUGGUUCCACCAUAGCUCAGGGUAUGGCUUUUGGAACCGGAAGCGCAGUUGCACAUAGGGCUGUUGAUUCUGUCAUGGGCCCACGUACCAUUCAGCAUGAAACUGUUGAGGCUGCCUCUGCAUCUGUUGCCCCUGUCGGAAGCAGCAUGUUCUCGAGCUCCUGUGACGUUCAUGCGAAGGCUUUCCAAGAUUGCAUCAGCAGCUAUGGAAGCGACAUUAGCAAGUGUCAGUUCUACAUGGACAUGUUGUCUGAGUGCAAGAAGAACUCCGGUUCCACUAUUGGUGCCUGAAUCAAGCUUGUUUCAUUUCUUAUCUAGCUUUUGUCUAAACAGUAUGCAGCUUUUAUAUGCUGAGGGUCUGGAUAUCAAAUAACAACAUUUCAGAUACUGCAUGUUUUUCAAGUGUUUGUUGGUACUUAAUUUCUUAUUUUUAAAAUAAACUUGGGAGUGUUGGUUACUUUAUUUGUUUAAAGUUGCUAGUGU